AAACCCUUUCAAAAAAUACAAUAAUUUACACCCUUCAUUUUUAGAAAAAAAAUAAAAUAGGAAUUAUCCUCUGAAUAUGACCUCAAGUCUUUUAUAGGGCUCUCCCUUCCUAAGCCCUCCAAUAUCACUUCACUUCCUUCCACUUUGGCCUUUCAUUUUCCACAACACAUUCUUCUUCUUCUUAUAUAUUCUCCUUACAUCAUCAUCAUCAUCUCCCUUGGGUCCUUUUAUAAAUUAAAAAAAAAACUUUUUAUUUUUUAUUUUAUUUUUUAAAAUUUUCUCCUCUGAAAAAUUCUGGUUUUGAUUUUCCCUUGGAGAUUAUUAAGUGGAACCCCAUGGGAAGGCAUUCUUGCUGCUAUAAGCAGAAGCUCAGGAAAGGGCUUUGGUCUCCUGAGGAAGAUGAGAAGCUCAUUAAGCAUAUUACCACUUAUGGCCAUGGCUGCUGGAGCUCUGUCCCAAAGCUAGCUGGUCUUCAGAGGUGUGGGAAGAGUUGCAGGCUGAGGUGGAUUAACUACCUGAGGCCUGACUUGAAAAGAGGCACAUUUUCCCAGGAAGAGGAGAAUUUGAUUAUUGAACUCCAUGCAGUUCUAGGCAACAAGUGGUCGCAAAUCGCGGCGAGAUUGCCCGGGAGGACGGACAACGAGAUCAAGAACCUGUGGAACUCGUCGAUCAAGAAGAAGCUGAGGCAGAAGGGGAUUGACCCGAACACACACAAGCCAUUGUCCGAGGUUGAGAGUGACGAAAAAACAUCCUUAAACAACAACAGCAACAACAACAACAACAACAACAACAACGAGAAGCUAGCAUUAUCAGAAGGGUCAAGUGAGCUGAACUAUGCAGAGUCUGAUAGCUGCAUGAACAAUAACCACAUCACUAGUAGUUACAAUGACCACGUGUUUGUGGCCCCAGGAAAUGUUUCAGAAAAACUGUCGUCGUCCCAUCACCACCAGCCUGCUGCUGUGCAGCAGGUUGCAGCGAUGGGCGAGGGCGGCCGAUAUCUGUCCCCUGUGGGGCCCACCGAGCACGAGUUCUUCCUCGACAAGCCGUCGUCCGAUUUCUCGGGCUACCUGUCGUUGCUGAACUACUCGCCAUUUCCACUACACAACCCCAACAGCAGCAACAACAACAACGACAACGGCCUCGGCCUCUUCUUCAAGGCCUCGGACCCGUUGGUCGCGAAGCUCAACCCCCACCCCGGCGGGCCCCACCACCACGUGGAGUUGCCGAACUCUUCUUUCUUCGAAAACGGCGCGUUUUCGUGGGGGGUCGGGGCGGACGGGAAGGCGGAGAAAGGGAGCGAUUGCGACGAGAUCAGAUGGUCGUCGUCAGAGUAUCUCCCCGCGCCGUUCUGGCUCGGGGGCGGCGCCGUGCAGAGUCAAGCCUUCUCCAAUAAUAACCAUCAAGAUUUGUACAACAAUAAUGAAGUGAAAUCCCAAGGGCAGUUCACAGCAUACACUCAAAGCUCACCAUCUCCAUUGUUGAGUAAUAAUAAUAAUGCUGCAACUGCUGCUUGGCAACAGAGUCAAGCCAUGUAUAACAGUAAGCAUUUCCAGAGGCUUCAUGCUGCGUUUGGGCACUUCUCUUGAAGUUUUAAUUGUUUUUUAUAAAGUUAUAUAUUCCAAUGUGAUGAUGAUGAGUGUGCUGUGAGUUUAAGUAUAUUCUUAAAUCUGUAAAUAGGGCUAAUACAAAUGGAAUUCCAAUGUUUGAGAUGGUUGGAUAUUCUUCUUGAUAGAAUCCUCUCUUUUUUUUAAAUGCUUUUAUCAUGUCUUUGGUCUUUUCAUUUUACUCCGUCCGGUAAUUUUCCUUCCGGUUGACUUGACACGCCUAUUUAGGACUAUUUAAAAAUAAAUAAAGUUUCCAAAAAAGCCCCUAGUUUAAAAGCAAUAAAGAAAAACAAUAAAGUUAAGGGAUGGGGCACAUUCAGUAUCCCAAUACAAAAAAGAAGGACGGCACAUUCAUUUUCCCAAUACAAAUACGGACGGAACAUUCAUUAGAUGCAAAAAUUUGGUUUACUCCCUCCACUUUUCCUUCCAUUACAAAACAAAAAGUUUUCCCCCCAUUACAUUUUCAUGUUCCCACUCUUUUUUUCAUUCUUAAGCCAAUAAAAAGCCACUCUAACUCUCAUUCUUUCCAGUCCAGCAGACCCUCAUGGAUUCUUCACAUCAUUUUUUUUCACCUUUUGCCUUCUUUUGAAUCAUCUCCUCUCCAACAAUCUCCUGCCUUUUCUGCCCAGAAUUUGGGUGAGCACCAGCCCUCCCUUUUGGCACAACUUUGGUCCCUCUCCCAUCCUGCUGCCCAAGGGGCUUUUGGUGAACACCUACAAAAUGAAAACACUUCAAGUUUAGUCCAAAAACGUCUUACCAACGCAGAGAGACAAUCGAUUGUCGAUGAGCUAAUGUUACAUUCAACGCAAAGAGCAAAUGGGGAACUUGUGGCUCAACAGGGCAUGGUAACCAAAAUUGCAGCAGCCUACAAUGUUUCACGAAAAACUAUUUCAUCCAUAUGGGGAACAACUAAGAAACAAAUCAAGGAAGGUUUGCCAAUCAAUGUGGACAGUAGGUUGCGAGGUAAUGCGGGAAGGAAAUGUACUUUUUUUCGCCUAUUUUUUUCUUUUUAAUCAACUAAAUAUAAGUCUAAUUAAAAUGUUAUACUAUAAUAUAUAAAUAACACAUUAAACUAGAUGAAGAAGCUAAAAAUGAAUUAAAAUAUUUCUAUUAAUUUAAAAUAUUAAGUAAUACUUCGUAUAAUAUAAAGUAUUAUAGUUUUAAUCAUAGUUGACUGAUUCGUUGACCCGAGUUUGUUCAAUUCAAACAGUUACUCCCUCCGUCUGGAAAAGAAGUUCCCGGGGAUAUAAUAGGAAAAGGAUAUCUCCUAAGUGUUUGCUGAAGACUGAUCUUAAGAAAGCAUAUGACUAUUUAAGCUGAAAAGUCAUAAAAGGAAUCAUGGAGGCCAUGCGAUUCCCAAGCAAAGGAAUCAGACACGGGGAUCCUAUGUCUCCCCUCAUUUUCACUCUGAUCAUGGAAUAUUUGACUAGGGCAUUGAAGGUGUUGCUCCUACAUUAAUAAGAGUGAUGCUUACAU